UUACCUGUUCUCACAGACAGACAGAGGGGAAGUGUGUCGCAUUACUCGUCAUUUUGAAUCUUCUGUCAAAAUAAGCCGCAGAGAUGUCUCAGGAUGUUUAUGCGAAUGUGAACCGCGCUGCAAAAAUAGGAGAACGGGUGGAGGUGGAGGUGGAGAUCUACGAGAGUGCAGACACUGUUACAAACGGCCAAAACACCGUCACAGAACAGCAAGAAACCAACACGAACAAGACAACACAAAGUAAUGUUACAGGUCAAGAUUGCCAUCAUACUACAGGGACCAGAAGUUGCAGGCUGGCUGCAGUGUUUCUGGGUCUUCUGUGUGUUAUCCUGCUGAUUGUCAUCAUACUGCUGUGGUUCAAGUUUACCACAGACAGAGACCAGUUACAGACCAGUAACUCCAACCUGGCUGCAGAGAGAGACCAGUUACAGAAAGAGAGAGAUGGACUUCUGAUGAACCUUUCUGAACUGUUUUUGCUAAGUGGAUGGAAAUAUUUCAACUCCAGUUUUUACUACAUCACUACUGAGAAGAAAAGCUGGAGUGAGAGCAGAAAGGACUGUAGAGACAAAGGAACAGACCUGCUGAUCAUCAACAGCAGAGAGGAACAGGAAUUCUUCAAUAAAGAACUUGGCAGAACUGAAGCUUGGAUUGGUCUGACUGAUGAAGUAACAGAGGGGGACUGGAAAUGGGUGGACGGUUCAAAACCGACCGUUAAGUUCUGGGCUGAAGGAGAACCCAAUAAUUAUCAAAACGAAGACUGUGCAAUAACCAGCUUUCAGAGAACUAUAUCUGAUAUAUUAACCUGGGCUGAUUACCCCUGUCAUCAAUCUGUAUCCUGGAUCUGUGAGAAACGUGUAACUGGACUGUAACUGAGAGUAUAUUGAUAUUAAAGCUCUAUAUUAAUCUGUG